AUGUUGCAGCUUGUGCACCAUCACUUCCCUCUACCCACAACCCCGAAAGAAGGCAAACGAAAUUGGAGCGGACUGCCGAGCCAAGGCUCUCCCGGCGCGACUUGGCCGGUUGGGUCGUUCAGUUCAUACGGUUCCGCUUGCCAAGCCAUGAUCAAGCUUCCCCGUAUCAUAGCUACAUUGCCCAUGUUCGCUGAUCGGUCAAGUUCGCCGCUCGGCUCGGAGGCUCGGAGAUUCGGAUGA